AGAUCAUUGAAAUGACGUUAUUCACAUCCUUUGAAAGUUGUCCAUCAUGACUUGAUAACUGAAGAUUUUCAAAUUUUUCGAAACAUUUGGCUACAUAUAUUAGUGGCUGGGCAGGAUUUGUGGUUCGUGGACUUGAGGGGAUCAAUGGCUGCUCCUGCAUUGUUCUGAACGAACAAACCAUCAUCAUUCCUUUAGAUUUGAAUCCGAUUGAACCGAGCAGUCUCAGAAUGUGACACUGAAAAGGGAUGAAAAGAUGAGCUCGCAUUUUAAAGUUGAAACUCAGCUCCCACCACCGGACAGAUUUGGCUAGAUCCCUCUACUACUUCUGGUUCCUCAUGUUCUUGUACAAGUAGGUAGCCCUUCUGUUCCAGCUUUUGUUCGGCAAUUGCCACACCCAGUACACAGAGAGAGCAACGGCAUGUUCAAGAAAUUCGAUGAGAAGGAGUCCGUGUCGGGCACGAGUCAGCUCAAGUCCUCGGUGCAAAAGGGCAUCCGGAACAAGAUCCUGGAGACGUAUCCGCCCAUAGCCGACUAUAUGGACAAUUUCCUGCCCAAGAAGGACGCCUUCAAGGUGAUCAAGUGUCACGAUCACAUCGAAAUCCUGGUCAAAUCCGGUGGGACCUUGCUCUUCUUCCGGCAUCGGGAGGGACCCUGGGUGCCCACCCUCCGGCUCUUGCACCAAUAUCCAUUCCUGUUGCCUUUGGAGAAGGUGGACAAGGGGGCCAUCAAGUUUGUGCUCUCGGGGGCCAAUAUCAUGUGUCCGGGUUUGACACACCCCAACGCUCAGAUGACGCCUGUGGAUAAAGGGGCGGUAGUGGCCAUCAUGGCCGAAGGCAAGGAACAUGCCCUGGCCAUUGGGAUCACCUCCAUGUCCACUGAGGAUAUUACCAAGAAGAACAAGGGGAUCGGGGUGGAGAACUGUCAUUAUCUCAAUGACGGACUCUGGAACAUGGGUCCAUUGUUCAAGGCUUGAACACUUGAAAUAAAUCCAAUCAAUCCCA